GAGGAAUCAGACGCAGGAGAAGCGGCAGUUACAGUGACAAAGUGCAGGUCCGUGUGUUGCCGACGGAGAGAUUAGUGUCUUCCAACGUCACAGCAUGAGCGGUAAAGAAGUUCCCUUUGAUCCAAAAGAGCACCAGCACUUGCGCUACAAUCCCUUACGAGAUACCUGGGUCCUGGUGUCAGCUCACCGCAUGAAAAGACCCUGGGCCGGUCAGAUAGAGAAGCCGCCUGAGGAACACAUACCUAGAUAUGACUGCAAAAACCCACUCUGUCCCAGGAACACACGAGCAAGUGGAGAGGUAAAUCCUGACUAUGAUGGUACUUUCAUAUUUGAAAAUGACUUUCCUGCUCUUCAGCCAGAUGCUCCAGAUCCUGUCUUGUUAGGUUUGGAUCAAGAUCCUUUGUUCCGGUGUAAAAGUGCCCAGGGCAUUUGUAAGGUAAUGUGUUUCCAUCCAUGGUCUGACAUUACUUUGCCACUCAUGAAAGAACAGGAAGUUGUCCAGGUGAUUGACAAGUGGGCGGAGCUUGUUGACGAACUAGGUGCCUCCUACCCCUGGGUACAGAUCUUUGAGAAUAAAGGAGCCAUGAUGGGUUGUUCAAAUCCACAUCCUCACUGUCAGGUGUGGGCCAGUGACUUCCUGCCAAAUGAGCCAGCUCUGUCAGACCACUGUCAGAGAGCUUACCAUCAGAAAUAUGGAAGACCACUACUGUUGCAAUAUGCAACACAAGAGGCAGAGAAAAAGGAACGGCUGGUGGUGGAGAAUUCUGAUUGGCUGGCAGUAGUACCAUACUGGGCAACAUGGCCCUACCAGACACUGUUGUUACCACGUCGACAUGUCCUCAGAAUCAAUGAACUGACGAGAGAUGAGAGGGAGGGUCUAGCUGACAUUAUGAAGAGACUGUUGACAAAGUAUGACAAUCUGUUUGAAGUUUCUUUCCCCUAUUCCAUGGGUUGGCACGGGGCCCCUACAGGUACCUAUUUGAAGGAAAACAAUGCUCAUUGGCAGUUGCAUGCUCACUACUACCCUCCUCUGCUGCGCUCAGCAACUGUUAAGAAGUUUAUGGUGGGCUAUGAGAUGCUUGCCCAGGAGCAACGAGACCUCACACCUGAACAGGCUGCUGAGAGGCUAAGGAACCUACCUGAAGAACACUAUAAAACCAGAGAGAGCCUGGCAAAAGGAAAGCAGAAAGAAAGUGGAGUGUAAAGUGAGACAAUUUGGUCUAAUGGGGGAAUUUGAGCUUUAUGAACCUACAUUGUACUGUUUUAGGAAGAUGAGGUUCAAAUGAAAAAGUGGAGUUGAUCUACUCCUUUAAUACUCUUGAACUAAAAUUAAAGUACUCUCAAC